GAUUGCAUGUAGCAUGUAGCAUGGUAAUGUUAUGAACAACUAAUAACUAUAAGCUAACUUUUUUGACAAUUUUGUAAUUUGGAUGAAGGGGAGUACAUUUUCUUUAUCUUGUUCUUUUAACAAUUUGGUUCACGAUCUUUGACAACACAAUCCAAUCUUCUUGAGUAGGUGUGUUUGGUUUGUAAAGGUUUAUAUAUAUUUUUUGUAAUCAUUAGAUGUGCAUUUUCUUCUUCAUCGUCUGAUCAUUACGACAGUUAUUGUGUUCUGAUUUUUAUUAUUAAAAUACUAUUACAAACUAUUAUCUAAAGAACACAAAUUCCAUCAAUGAAAGCUAGAACCAUCAAGGCAUCUACCCAAAAUUUUCAACGGAAUCAUUAACUUUGCCUUAAAAUAUGGUUAAUCUUUAUAAAUAAACAGGAAAGUCUCCUGCUUUGAAGCGCAGCUAUAAAUAGACAAGAAAGUGAGUAUGCAUGACAAGUGUUUGACGAAAUGCCAACAAUCAGUAAUCUCUUCACUGUGCUCUUCUUGUUGGUUUCAAAUGCUUUUGUUUAUGGAAUUUGUGAUGCUUCCUCUUACUCUAGUCUCGUAAGCAGUAGUCUUGAUCAUCAACUUCAUGCUCCCAAUCCCAUUGCUGAACAACCACUCGCCAAGAUCGCCCUUCACAAAGCCAUUAUUGCUCUCCAUGCAUCAGCUUCUGUUCGUGUUAACCCUACCCUUCUUGGGGCUAAGGGUGAUGAUACUGAAUGGGUGAAUGUAGAAUUGGAUUACCCUGAAGCAACUCAAGCUGACUGGGUUGGAGUUUUUUCUCCAGCAAAGUUCAACUCAUCAGAAUCAGAAUAUUGUUCCUCUGAAACUCCAUUCAUAUGUACAGCCCCAAUUAAGUAUAAGUUUGCAAACCACUCCACUUUUGAUUAUAUUCAAACAGGAAAAGCAUCACUAAGCUUCCAGAUUAUAAAUCAGCGUGCAGAUUUUGCAUUUGCAUUAUUUACAGGAGGAUUGGAAAAUCCAAAGUUGGUUGCUGUUUCGGAUCCCAUAUCAUUUGCAAACCCCAAGGCCCCUCUAUGGCCUCGUCUUGCCCAAGGAAAGACUUGGGAUGAGAUGACAGUAACUUGGACCAGUGGAUACAACAUUGAUGAAGCCACUCCAGUUGUAGAGUGGGGUUGGAAGGGUCAAAGUCAACUUUCUUCCGCAGGAACAUUGACCUUUACACGUGGCAGCAUGUGUGGUCCACCUGCACGUACGAUUGGAUGGCGUGCUCCUGGUUUUAUCCACACUAGUUCCUUAAAGGAAUUGUGGCCAAACACAAUAUACGAUUACAGAAUGGGGCAUAUGCUUUUAAACGGAUCGAUUAUUUGGAGUAAAACAUAUACAUUCAAAUCAUCUCCAUAUCCAGGACAAGAUUCAUUACAACGUGUUAUUAUAUUUGGAGACAUGGGAAAGGCAGAACGUGAUGGAUCAAAUGAGUAUGCCACUUAUCAGCCAGGAUCACUUGUUACUACAGAUGAAUUAGUCAAUGACCUUGACAACUAUGAUAUAGUUUUCCAUAUAGGAGAUUUAUCAUAUGCAAAUGGAUUUCUUUCACAAUGGGAUCAGUUCAUAGCACAAAUCGAACCCAUUUCAUCAAUAAAGCCAUACAUGAUUGCGAGUGGGAACCACGAACGUGAUUUUCCCAAUUCGGGAUCUUUCUAUGACACACAUGAUUCAGGUGGGGAAUGUGGCGUACCUGCCCAGACCAUGUACUAUGUUCCAGCAGAUAACAGAGCUAAAUUUUGGUACUCAACGGAUUAUGGGAUGUUUCACUUUUGUAUAGCUGAUUCAGAGCAUGAUUGGAGAGAGGGUUCAGAACAGUAUGCAUGGUUGGAGAAAUGUUUUGCAUCAGUUGACAGGCAAAAACAACCAUGGCUGAUUUUUGCUGCUCACCGUGUUCUUGGCUAUUCUUCCAACAAUUGGUUAGCCAAUGCGGGUGCCUUUGAAGAGCCCAUGGGACGUGCAAACUUGCAGAAGUUAUGGCAGAAAUACAAGGUGGACAUUGCAUUAUAUGGACAUGUUCAUAAUUAUGAAAGAACUUGUCCUAUUUACCAGAAUCAAUGUGUAAACUUGGAAACGUCUCAUUAUUCUGGAACUGUGAGAGGAACAAUCCAUGUUGUUGUUGGUGGAGGAGGGGGGCAUUUGUCGGAUUUUACAGAGAUUAAUACGUAUUGGAGUUUGUAUAAAGAUCACGAUUGGGGAUUUGUGAAACUAACAGCGUUUAACCACUCUUCACUCCUAUUUGAAUAUAAGAAGAGUAGAGAUGGUUUGGUUUAUGAUAAUUUUACAAUCUCAAGGGAUUAUAGAGAUGUUUUAGCAUGUGUGCAUGAUGGAUGUGAAGCUACCACCUUGGCAAAUUAGUAAAUGGUAUGUCAAAAAUUGAAGUUAACCUGGUCAAAAAAUAGAUGUAAAUUUUUUAGUUUUUGUAGCCCCUUAGAGGUCGUUUAUGUGUCGAUGUAACUUGCUUAUGCACACCCUUGUAGUGUCUUGCUAGUUGCUUAUAAACUUUUCUCUAUUCAAGAAAAGCCUAUUUGACUUCCCUUGGAACUAUUUGUUUCCUUGUACUCUUCGGUUAAUUUAAG